UACACAUUCUUUUAUAAAAAACCGCCUUCGCCGGGGAAGGCGAGGACCUUUACUUCGUAUUUCGCUCAAUCGCCAAAACAGCCUGUCCUGAGCUAUAAAGGCCAACAGCGAGAUUGCUUAAAAAAAAAUAUCUUAUAAAAUAACCCGUGUAUUUAUAAUAUUUGCUAUGCUCUUUGAAAUUUGCUGCCUGUUGUAUAGUACCUAUUAAUUAUUUUUCAUCUUGAUCACAUAACACUUAUCACGAGAGUAAUUUUUUGUAAAUAAAGUUUAUCGUUGUCUCGUUACCUUCGUCACUCGUCAUUCCUAGAGAAUUUUAUUUAUGUUUUCGCUAUCAGUUACACAAUUUAUUAAGGUGGUUACGAAAGUGUAUACAAAGAAAAUCAUGACAAAAAAGCUUGAAAGAAAGUAGCCCGUAUUAUUUUCAAAUUGAAUAAUGGAUGGUGGUGAUCGAAUAUUAGUUGCAGCGGGGCUCACGGCGGCGGUUGUUGUUGGCGCAUUCGUGCUGUGGGGGCCUGGUGGCGCCCCUAAAGUCCGCAAACGUAGAGGACAAAUUGCUGGCUUGCAAAAUCUCGGCCGGACAUGUUUUCUAAAUACUUUACUCCAGGCGCUUGCGGCGUGCCCUACUUUUAUAGAGUGGUUGAAAAAAUACGCGAAACCUGAUGGACAUAAUAGCAUGAUUACAACUCUGUAUACCGUAAUAGAAGUUGUCAAUGGCACUCAUGAGUCAGCCCGGGGAACACCAGUGUGUCCCCUUGGUGUCCUACAAGCUUUGCGAGCAGCGGGUUGGGUGGUGCCAGCCGAUCAACAAGAUGCUCAUGAGCUUCUGCAUGUACUGCUCACCUGUAUUGAGGAGGAAACUGCUGCUAUGGCAAAAAAGCCUGGAUGUCUAUCCGACGCCUUAGGCCUGGGCGGUGGAAAGGCUUGGUCCGCUCUGGCGUCUCCCGCGUCGCCGCCAUCGGGGUCGUUCGGCCUGCGACCCGCGAGACCGGCCUCCGCCGCGCCGGCUACCGAACCAGACUCGACGGAUCCAGACGAGCCCGAGACGGAGCCUCCACCUCUGCGCAAGGGCGUGUCGCGGUCCUUCUGUCAACUCAGCGGCCUGGGCCGCCGUUGGGCCUGCGCGCCUUCUCGGCCCGCGCCAGCGCCGCCCUUCAACGGCACGCUCGCGUCACGCACCCACUGCACCGUGUGCUCCACGAAGAGUCCGAUUCGCUACGAUAAGUUCGACAGCGUGUCGCUGUCGAUGAGCGACGCCGGCACCGGUCCGGCCGGGAGCUACACCUUGGCCGGGCUGCUGCGCGCCUUCACAUCCCCGGAGAUGGUGAGCGGAGUGAGAUGCGGGCGCUGCGCCCCGCGGGACGACGGCGCCGCAGACCAGACUUCCAAACACAUCCGCACACUCAGCUUCGGCAAGCUGCCGGCUUGCCUGUGCCUGCACAUCUCGAGGGUGGAGUGGGGCGUCGGCGGCCUCAGCAAGAGGGGCGAGUUCGUCGCCUUCCCCGAGACGCUCAGCUUAGCUCCCUUCACGGCGGCCACUCAGAAUCGAGGAGUGGAUAUAUCGAUGGUCCUGAGCGAGGCGCGUCUGCGUAGCGGGUUGUCGGCGCUAAAGGCGGCGGGAGCGGAAGCGUCGGCGGGAGCAGAGCGCGCCCUAUACCGGCUGACGGCGGUCGUCGUGCACGUGGGCGGCCCGAGGUCCGGCCACUUUGCUACGUAUCGCCGCGGGAAUGGCUUCGAGAGCAAACGGUGGUGGUACACGUCGGACACAUUGGUGCACGAGGUGUCCCUGCAGGAGGUGUUGCGGUGCUCCGCAUAUCUGCUCUUCUACGAAAGGGCGGACCCACCCCUCAACACUCACUUCUAACUCUCCAGUUGAUGUGUUGUUAUUAUGAAGUUGUCUUUUAAAGGUAAAAUAUUAACUGGAAAAUAUUCUGUUAUUGUAAAUGUUUUUAUACCUUUAUUAUUUGCGAAAUAGAGUUUUUGGUGGAUUAGAAUUCCUAGUCUACCGAGUUGUGCCAUUGCGUUUUUUCUUAAAUGUAAGACUUGCAAAUUUGAAUGAACAAUGACAUAAAUGUCAACUAAUGUGACUCAUGAAAUUUUAACUUGUCAUUUUAAUAACAUAAUGCAUAAAUAGGUAGGUAAUCAAUGCUCUAAACAUAUUUGUAAAGUCCUCUGAAUGAUUGGGAGGUAGAGCUCAGCAGUAAGUGUUGGGAAAUAUCAUGUACUUAAACUACGCAUUUAUUGUGCAUUUUAGCACACAAAUUUUCAUACAUUGUAAUCACCUGUAUAUUGUACACCUUUGAUACUUAAUGUUUCCUCAAAUUUUUAAUACAUUUUUAAUAAUAAUUAAAGAAGCCUGUAUCUUAUAUAAUAGAGGAGCACUGACUAACAUUUUUUUACUGUUUUUUUUUAUUUCUACCUUUUGUGAGCAAAUUGGUAAAACAUAUUUUACAUAUGACAAAGCUCAAAUGCUUAUUUCUGUAUAAUUAGAAUCUAAUAUUCCAAGAGUGUGAGUGGAACUUCCACUUGGUCAGGUACUGGGCAGUACCCAGUAUAAUGCUGAGAGAUUGAAGUAAUGGCUAUGAAUAUAAUUUAAAAAUUGGUGCUGAGAUGCUAGCAGGAUUUCUUUUGUAAAUAUAUGUAUAUUUUUUAUGUAAUAAAUGAAAAUUUCAAUGUCAA